AUGGCAUGGUGGAAUCUUGUUGUCGCACAACCUAUUGUGGCUCUUGGCGUGGUUGUAGUGACGUACGGGCUGUGGCUCACGGUACAUCGGCUAUGGCUUUCACCAAUCGCUCAUUUCCCAGGUCCGAAACUGGCCGCCCUGACGAUGUGGUAUGAGUACUACUACGACUCAUACCUCAAAGGCCAAUACACCUUUCGAAUCGCGGAGAUGCAUAAAGAAUACGGCCCGAUCGUGAGAAUCAGCCCUUAUGAACUUCACAUCAAUGACCCAGAAUACUAUGAAGUGCUAUACUCUCGAGACAAACCACGCAAUAAAUCAUUACAUUUGACUGGCAUGUUUGGAGCCCCAGCUUCUGCGUUUGGCUCAGUCGAUCACCGUCGCCAUCGGAUUCGCCGACAACCCAUGAACCCAUUCUUUUCUCAGCAGCGGAUACGUGGAUUGGAGCCUAUGCUCCGAGGGAUGGUCGAUAAGCUGUGUACUGGCAUGCGCAAUUGGAAGGAGAGACAUACACCGUUGCAUAUAUACCAUGCAUUCAAUGCCUACACGACAGAUGUGGUUGUAGAGUACAGCAUGGGUGAAUCCUUCCACUACCUCGAUGACCCCGAUUUCACGCCGCAAUGGUCGAAGACGAUUGAGGCCAUUGUAGAAGCUGGGAUUCAGUUCAAACAGUUUCGCUGGGUUCUUGGCCUAUUUGAACUGCUUCCACGAUGGCUGGUUGUGAGCAUCAAUCCCCAUAUUGGUCCGGUAAUUGAACAGAAAAGGGAAAGUCUGCGACUGGCAAAGGCGAUUAUCGGCGGCCAAAAUAGCGCUGGGAGCUUGAUGGAUGAGAAAACUAGUGUGCCGAAAGGUACUCUGUUCCAUGCACUGCUGGACAGCAAACUUCCCGAGGAGGAGAAGACUCCUGACCGCUUGAGCCAGGAGGUUUUCACCGUUAUCUCGGCCGGUGGUGAAACGACUGCGAAGAAUCUAUCAACACUCACCUUCCAUCUCCUCAACAACCCAGAUAAGCUACAAAGACUACGAGAAGAGCUUAUUCGGUUAGACCCGGAUGGAACGGCGUCUUUGGUGGAGUACGAGAACAUGCCAUAUCUGACAUCGGUUUUCCUAGAGGGUUUGAGAAUUACCAAUGCUGUUGCAACAAGGCUCCAACGUAGCUGUCCAGACCAAGUUAUGACCUAUAAGGACUGGAUCAUUCCUCCUGGGACACCUGUUGGCAUGACGAGCUUGUUGAUGCAUCACAAUGAAGACAUCUUUCCUGACUCGCAAAGUUUCAUUCCCGAGCGAUGGGUAGACCCAGAGCAGAGGAAACACCUCGAGAAGUAUCUGGUUGCCUUUAGCAAAGGGUCAAGGCAAUGUAUCGGCAUGCCCCUCGCCCGGGCGGAGAUCCUUUUGGCGGUCGCCACAAUUUUCCGGCAAUUUGAUAUGGAGCUAUACGAGACUACAGUCGAUGACGUCCGAAUCGUGCGAGACAUGUUUAAUGGUCUCCCACGAGCAGGCAGCCACGGCGUCCGCGUUAUGAUCAAGGAUUGGAAUAAACCUUAA